AAAUGCUGGAAUUAAUUAUUCAUUCAUCAUCAAGAGGUCCAAGUAACAUCAACUUAAUUACGUACAUACUCCCUAAAGCCCUCAUAGACAAAACUUGUGACCUUAUCCACUCUGAUCAUCCCUUUCUCUCUCUUUACACAUUCUAAAAAGGCAAAAGGCAGAAGAAAGGCAUGCAAAUAAAGUAGAUGAUUGGGAAAGGAUCGUACUAUUGCUGUUGUAAAAAUGAGGAAAUAUCAAACCCGUCAGAAUUUGCCGGGUUCAGCUACUAUGUCCCUAGCUAUACACUCCCACCCCACUCCCUAAACACCCCUACCCCCAAUAUACCCCUACCCUACCACCCCCUCUCUUUUUCUCCCUCCUAUAAAACCCACUCUUCAUUCUACAUAAGCCCUAACAACAAAUAUCAUCUGAAUUCUUGCUCUUCUUGUUUGAACCUAGAAGCAACAAAAAAAAAAACCCAAGUUUUUUAGUCCAUUAAACUCCAAGAUUUUAGCAUAUAAAAAAUACCCUUUUGAAAUCUUAGUGAGAAUUUGCAAAAACAAAAAAAGAAAAGAAAAUGCAGGUAGUGAAGGAGUCAUCAUCAAAUAUGAGGAUCGUUGGAGAAUCAAGAAUGGAGUCAGUUUACGAGAGGGUCCGUUUCCUAGUGUCAGGCAAUGCGGUUGUGGUUUUCACCAUGAGCGGUUGUUGCAUGUGCCACGUGGUGAAGCAGCUCCUCUUCGGGCUAGGGGUGGGCCCCACGAUAGUAGAGCUCGAUAGGGAUGCAGCGGGGAGGGAAAUUCACGCCUUGCUGUUUCAGCUUGCGGGGGACGGGCAGCAGCAGCCUGUGCCGGCUGUAUUCGUUGGUGGGAAAUUCUUGGGUGGAAUUGAAACAGUUAUGGCUUGUCAUAUAAAUGGUACCCUUGUUCCUCUCCUCAAAGAAGCCGGAGCUCUCUGGCUCUGAGCUCGGGUUAAUCAGAACUCACUAACUUUAAAUUUUGAAUUCGCUUUUGAUAGCCUCCAACAAAUUCUCGUUGCAUUGUUGGAAUUUUAUAUAGUACUAGUAAAGCGAGACAGAAGAGUCAGACAAUGUCUAGUAUAUCUACAGAGGCUCUUUUCUGUGUGUGUGUGUGUUUUUUUUUUUUUUUUUUUUGUUGGGGAAAGAAAAAAGAAAUUAGGGUUUGUUGUAUUUUAUAAUGACUUGCUCCAGCUAUAAUAUUGGGUUUCAAUGAAUGAUGAAUCAUUAUGUAUU